CUUCCGACAAACUUAUUGAGAUGGCUACUACCGAUCAGACUUCUUUUACCGAAGGACAGCUUAAUUUGUUCCAUGAAUUUGAAAAAGAAAGCGAACUUAAAGAGAUGUUCCGUGCAUUUGACAGUGAUAAUGAUGGCUAUGUGUCCAAUUCUGAGCUACGACGUAUGGUUAGCAACCUCGUUGAAGAGCAAACUGAUGAUGAAAUAGACGAUACAAUCCGUAAAGCUGAUAUCAAUGAACAAGGCAAACUCAAUUUUGAAGGGUUUGUUCAAGUUUACGCAACAAUAUAAGAGCAACAUCAGUAGUUACGGCACUCAUUUACAAAAGUGUGGCCAAUAAAUGUGUUUAUAUUAUUUCUAACAAUUGAACCAAUAUAAAUGUAGUGGUUCAUCAGACAUGAGCAAAGAAUAUGUUUAUUUCCCUUCCCUUGCUCGAAAUGAAAAAUACAAUAUGAGUCUUUUGUAUUUUCUGCUGUUCUGAAUAUCAUGUUCGC